UCACGCUGUUUCAAAUACAUAUAUAUUUUUUAAGAAUUCAUUUCGCCAAAUGUUUACAAAGUUUUCAAGCGUACCGUUAAAUUAAAUUUCUUGUCAAUUUUAAUUAAAAGUUUCAUAGUUCCACAGUUGAAGUAACUGAAUUCGCGUCCCGUUACGUUUUUAUUGUUAGUUAAGAUGGGUGCAGGACAAAUUGGAGGAAUUGCUACAAUGCUGGAUUUCGAUUUUAAUAAUGCGGCUGGUUUCGUUGGCAAGCCUGCCACAAAUCUUGAUGGACAAUAUGUUGUCUAUUACUUUUCCCAAGCGAUGCUGUUCUGCGCGGGGGCGCUCAUCGAGCCCCACAUGGUACUGACGCCCGCCGUGUGCAUCUACGGGGAGGAAUUCAUGUUCAAUGUCUACGGCGGCUCGCACAAAUUCAGAGAGGGCCUUGGCACGAAAAGACAAGUUGAAAACAUUUGUAUGCAUAGAGCUUACAACCACUCGGGGCGAUGGGACCACUGUACGACCGACAACAUAGCGUUGCUCGUGCUGAAUAGCCAGUUUGUGAUGCGCCAUUUCGAGCCGAACACAGAGUACAUCAUGAACAGAGUGCGCUAUGGUGUUGGCAUGGAGGCUUUGGCGGAGACCAAAGUGGAUCUCAAGUGUCGCUACUACGGGUGGGGUAGUCGGAGGAAUGGCUUUCUGCUACCUUUGUUAAUACAUAUGCGUAGGGUGGACGUCAAAAUUUUGAACAACGCUAUAUGUGAAGAAAUAUGGAAUACUGACGACAAAUAUCUAUGCUUGAGUCAACCAAAUUGUAUAAAUGACAAGUUUGGAGCAUUGUGUCCGGACGAUUUGGGCUCAGUAGUCGUAUGCGGCGGUUACGUCCAGGGCAUGAUGACGUCUGAACUCAUCGACCGGCCCUGCGGUGUGGGGUUCCUGGACGUCGCGAAGUACUUCAAAUUCCUGGAGUGCGCGGUUGACGACUCUCGCGACGCCAUUAAGGAUCUGCCGCCAGUAUCGGCGAUUCAAGUUAGUGCACGAGAGGCGGAAGAACUGGACGAAGAAGAGACCACCCUGUCGCCAGAGGCGCCAGAACACAUUGAAGUUGGAAGAAUGGGAUUAUCCUACAAUUAUUAACCUGGGAGUAGUCUGUUCCAAGGUACUUAGGGAGCGUUCAUUAAUUACGCUGGGGGUUUUUGAGGACUUUUUAACUACUUCCCCCCUUAGGCCCGCAAGUAAUUAAUAGACGCCCCCUUAUGAGUACCUAGGACCUAGGUAUAUCUGAAGUUACCUGUGUUAAUAGCUUUUGUACACAUAUAUGUAGGUAUUUUAUGGAGCACUGUACCUACAUCCAAUAAUUCGCUCUUCCAAUACGUUUUUAUUGAUAUAAUCACUAUAUGCUAUACAAGGAUGGCCGCAAUGAAGAAAGAAACAGUAAAAACAAAAUUUUGUUGUUAGGUCAUUAUUUGUAUUAUAUAUUAAAUCAUGUGUCAUAUUAUAUAUUAAAUACAUCUGGCACAAACCUUGCAAUCAUUUGUAUAAAAAAAUAUUACCUAGCACAUAAAUUUAUUAAAUUUGUAACAUUUAAGUAAUUAAAAUACUGUAAAAAGCUGUCAUAGAAACUAUCAUUUGACGCCAAAGGUACCUAUAAAGUGCCAACAAAAGCCAAAUAAAUAUAGUUUUCAUUAUGGUCCUAAAUAAGAAGGUAAAAAAUUAAACAAAUUAAUGGAAACGUAAUAUACGUUUAAUACAUAUAAAUAACA